GCCCACGGCACCGGAGCCCACGCCGCGCGCCUCCCGAACCCCCGCGCGCCUCCGGCGCAGCCCCGCCACAGGUCGGGCCGCAAUCGCGUCCCUCGCGAGAUCCCGCGUCCUCGCGGACCGCCCGCGGAAACCUCGCGGCCCCUCGGCCGAAGCGGGGCUGCGGCGGGGGCUCCCAGCCACCUUCCCGCUCCCGCAGAGCCUCGACACAAACCCCCUCGGCCCCGCCCCGCCAAUCACAGGCCGCAGGCCCAGAGACUUCCGGAGGCCGACCGGAACCGGAAGCCGCCCCGGGGUGGGAGGGGCGGGGCCUUAAAAGAAAUCAAAAAAAAAGCGCGGCCGCAGCUGGAGGUUGUGGCGGCGGGUGGCUGUGGCCCGCUGACGGCACGGCGCCUCGGGAUGGACUCCACCGCCUGCUUGAAGUCCUUGCUCCUGAGCAUCAGUCAGUACAAGGCCGUGAAGUCGGAGGCGAAUGCCACUCAGCUCCUGAGGCACUUGGAGGUAGUUUCUGGACAAAAGCUGACACGACUAUUUACAUCACACCAGAUAUUGCCAAGUGAAUGUUUGAGUUGCCUCGUAGAACUUCUUGAAGACCCAAACAUAAGUGCUUCACUGAUCUUAAGUAUUAUCAGUUUGCUGUCUCAACUGGCUGUAGAUACUGAAACCAGAGACUGUCUUCAGAGUAUAUACAAUCUGAACAGUGUGCUGGCAGGAGUGGUAUGUCGGAACAGCACUUGCCACAAUGAUUCAGUGUUUUUACAGUGCAUUCAACUCCUGCAGAGGUUAACAUAUAAUGUCAAAUUUUUCCAUUCUGGUGCUCAUAUAGACGACUUAAUUACAUUCCUGAUUGGUCAUAUUCAAUCUUCUGAAGAUGAGUUAACAAUGCCUUGUCUAGGACUAUUGGCAAAUCUUUGUCGGCACAAUCUUUCUGUUCAAACACAAAUAAAAACUUUGAGUAAUGUGAAAUCCUUUUAUCGAACUCUCAUAGGCUUCCUAGCACACAGCAGUUUGACUGUGGUUGUGUUUGCCCUUUCAAUAUUAUCCAGUUUGACGCUAAAUGAAGAAGUGGGGGAAAAGCUAUUUCAUGCUCGAAACAUUCAUCAGACUUUCCAACUAAUAUUUAACAUUCUCAUAAAUGGUGACGGUACCCUAACACGAAAGUAUUCAGUCGACCUACUCAUGGAUCUCCUUAAAAAUCCUAAAAUUGCUGAUUAUCUUACCAGGUAUGAACACUUCUCUUCAUGUCUUAAUCAAGUACUAGGGCUUCUAAAUGCGAAAGACCCUGAUUCUUCUUCAAAGGUUUUAGAAUUACUUCUUGCAUUCUGUGCAGUGGCUCAGCUGCGCCAUGUGCUCAGUCAGAUGAUGUUUGAACAGUCUCCAUCUGGCAACAACCUUCUGGGAAGUCGUCCUAAGAGCUUAGAACCCACUGUGGCUCUACUUCGUUGGUUAAGCCAACCUUUGGAUGGAUCUGAAAACUGUUCUGUUUUAGCACUGGAGUUGUUCAAGGAAAUCUUUGAGGAUGUCAUUGAUACUGGUAACUGUUCCUCAACUGACCGUUUUGUGACCCUUCUGCUGCCUACAAUCCUUGAUCAGCUUCAGUUCACUGAACAAAAUCUUGAUGAGGCCCUAAUAAGAAAAAAAUGUGAAAGGAUGGUCAAAGCCAUUGAAAUUUUAUUAACUCUGUGUGGAGAUGACACUCUGAAAAUGCACAUUGUAAAAGUAUUGACUACUAUAAAGUGUACCACGCUGAUAGAACAACAGUUUACAUAUGGCAAGAUUGACCUGGGAUUUGGAACAAAGGUGGCAGAUUCUGAAUUGUGCAAACUUGCUGCUGACGUAAUUUUGAAGACUCUUAAUUUGAUGAACAAACUAAAACAAUUGGUUCCUGGUAUGGAAGUAAGCUUCUACAAAAUCCUUCAGGAUCCACGUUUGAUUACUCCUUUGGCUUUUGCUUUAACAUCAGAUAAUAGAGAACAAGUACAAUCUGGAUUGGGAAUAUUGCUGGAAGCUGCUCCACUGCCAGAUUUCCCUGCCUUAGUACUUGGAGAAAGUAUAGCAGCAAACAAUAUAUACAGACAGCAAGAAACCGAGCAUCUGCCCAGGAAAAUGUCUCUGCAACCCUUAAACCACUAUUUUCCAGCAUCAGCAAAGUGCUUAACACCACCUCUUUCAAAAGAUAAUGCUCCUUUGAACAUUGAGGAGCUAAUAGAAAAACUUCAGGCCGGAGUGAUGGUGAAGGAUCAGAUUAAUGAUAUAAGAAUAUCUGACAUAAUGGAUGUUUAUGAGAUGAAACUUUCCACAUUGGCCUCGAAAGAGAGCAGGUUACAAGAUCUCCUGGAAGCAAAGGCCCUGGCUCUUGCACAGGCUGACAGACUGAUCGCUCAGUAUCGCUGUCAAAGAACUCAAGCAGAGACCGAGGCACGAACACUUGCGGGUAUGUUAAGAGAAGUUGAGAGAAAAAACGAAGAGCUUAAUGUGUUGCUGAAGUCACAACAGCUGGAAUCUGAAAGAGCCCAGAGUGAUAUUGAGCAUCUCUUUCAACAUAGUAGGAAGUUAGAGUCUGUGGCUGAAGAACAUGAAAUACUGACAAAGUCCUACAUGGAACUUGUUCAAAGAAAUGAGACUACUGAAAAGAAGAAUACCAACUUACAGACUACUUGUGAGUCCCUGAAUAAACAGAUUGAGACAGUGAAAAAGUUGAAUGAAACACUCAAGCAACAAAAUGAAAAAACUAUUGCUCAGUUGAUGGAGAAAGAAGAACAGAGAAAAGAAGUCCAGAGCCAGUUAGUAGACAGAGAAUGUAAAUUAUCACAUUUGCAUAAAAAAGCAAAGUCCCAAGAAGAAAAGAUUAAUGUUUUACAAAAAGAAAAGGAAGAUAAGCAGGAAACCAUUGAUAUCCUUAGGAAAGAAUUAAGCAGAUCAGAACAGAUAAGAAAAGAGUUGAGUAUUAAGGCUUCCUCCCUAGAAGUGCAGAAGGCUCAGUUAGAAGGUCGUUUGGAAGAGAAGGAGUCUUUGGUGAAACUUCAGCAGGACGAGUUGAACAAACAUUCUCACAUGAUAGCAAUGAUCCACAGUUUAAGUGGUGGAAAACUAAGCCCAGAAACUGUGAAUCUCAGUAUAUAAACAUUGUGGCUUUGGGGAAUUUGUAAAUGAGUACUUUCGAUGUAUUUAUAAAUUAGAGGUGGCAGUAAAUGGAGGAAAUUGUGACUCUAAAACAGUUAUCAUUUGCUUACUAUCUAUUAACUUAGUAAAAUUCCUAAUUUGAUACAUGAUUUAUUUGGCCUUUGAAAUAUUAAUUUUUAGAUUCUAUGAUUUGGUUUCUCUAAUGUUUGCUCUUACAUGUCUUAUGUAUUCUCAUUUAUGAUUAUAUUCAUGGAUUAUUUCAUAUCAACCAUGAGUACAUUUCAUAAAUGUGUAAACAUGUUUGAGUGGACACAGACUAUGAGUGCUACAAUGUCAUCUUUUGGGACUGUCAUAAUAAAUAUGGUCUGUCAUUGACUAAAAUGU